CAUACCAGCAUCCCGAUCUCCGCCAUACCCCAUACCAGCAUCCCGAUCUCCGCCAUACCCCAUACCAGCAUCUCGAUCUCCGCCAUACCCCAUACCAGCAUCCCGAUCUCCGCCAUACCCCAUACCAGCAUCCCGAUCUCCGCCAUACCCCAUACCAGCAUCCCGAUCUCCGCCAUACCCCAUACCCCAUACCAGCAUCCCGAUCACCGCCAUACCCCAUACCAGCAUCCCGAUCACCGCCAUACCCCAUACCAGCAUCCCGAUCACCCCUAUACCCCAUACCAGCAUCCUGAUCACCGCCAUACCUCA